UUAAUAUGAGCAUGAUGCACGUAAUUAUUGUUAAAUCUACAAAUAUUUCUAGUAGCUUUCCGUACUGCAGAUAAGCACGAUUUGCAAAUGCUCAAUUUUUCUCUAAUUUCAUUCAAGCUUUGAGAUUUGUUGAUAAGUAACUAUACCUAGUGAUUGAUUUCACUCAAAAUGGAGAAUAUAAUUUACGGUCCGAAUAUCUCAGAAGAAACUGACUUUAACAUGAAACUAGGAUUAGCCGAAUAUUUACUUAAAGCGACCAAAAAUCAUUUAGGUAACGUUUUAAUGAUUGACGCGGAAACUGGAGAAGAACUGACUGGUCAACAAGUGCUGGACUCCAGUUACCUAUUUGCAGAUUAUUUUCGAAGUUUGGGUGUUAAAAAUGGCGACGUGGUUGCAAUCGUCAGCGAAAAUAGAUUCGAAUACUUAUCGUUACUUCUCGCGACACUUCACGUUAGAUCUGUCUUCUCUUGUGUGAAUCCUUUAUACGCUACAGGUGAACUUUUACACGCUUUCAGCAUAUCGAAGCCAACUAUCGUGAUUGCCACAAAUCGGACGUACGAUAAAGUGAAAAAUUUGCAAAAUAAAUGCGAUUAUAUUAGACACGUGAUCAACUUGGAUAAUACAAACUGCUCUAAUCGAAUAGAUACCAAUUCGAUUAAUGGAAAUGGAACUCAGACUCAAUCACCGGUUAAUUCUACUGAAACAGCGUUAAUUUUGUAUUCCAGUGGUACCACUGGUUUGUCCAAAGGCGUUGAGUUGAUGCACAAAUCAGUCAUUUUCUUGAUGGAAGCCUACAGAUCAGAGAAAAUUUUAACCUUUCCAGAUAACAACGCGAUAUCUGGACUGCUUCCAAUGUGUCACGCUUAUGGACUUUUUUGUAUUUUAUCGUGUUUCGUCCUGGGACACAAGUACAUAAUGAUCAAACGAUACUCAGAAUCGACAUUUUUGCAAUAUAUCCAAAAAUACAAAAUAACAACUUUGUAUGUAGUUCCAACCAUGGCUGUAUUUUUAACGAAAAGUUCAUUGGUCAAAGAUUACGAUUUAUCUAGCGUUCAACUGAUAUCCAGCGGCGGAGGUCCAAUUAGACAAAGCGUCGAAGAAGCUUUGAAGAAACGUUUCAACAGUCACGUGAUACAAAAUUACGGUAUGACUGAGACAACCACGAUGAAUUUGAUAUCGGUGCCGAAUAGUAAACCAGGUAUUACUGGUAAACUUUUACCUGGAAUGAUGGCUAAGGUUGUCGAUGUAAUAACUGGAGACUCUUUGGGACCUAACGAACACGGUGAAUAUUGUGUCAAGGGUCCUUUGCUAAUGAAACAGUACCUUUUCAAUGAUUCCAGUAAUAGAAUCGAAUCUUUUGAUGAUGAUGGAUGGUUGCAUAGUGGAGAUGUGGCGUAUUACGAUGAAAAUCACAAUUUCUAUAUAGUGGAUAGGAUUAAAGAGAUAAUCAAGUAUAAGGGAUACCAAGUACCUCCGUCAGAAAUAGAAAUUUUAUUGCUCCAGCUUCCAAGCAUAGAAUCUGUAGGUGUUGUCGGAGUCCCCGAUGAAGAAUUUGGAGAAUUACCUAGAGCUUAUGUGGUAAAAAAACAAGGCUUUAAAAUCACCGAAGAAGAAAUACAAAAAUAUGUAUCAGAACACUUGGCACCUUAUAAGAAACUCAAAGGAGGAGUAAUAUUUGUCAACGAAUUACCCAAGACUGUGAGCGGUAAAGUGGAACGAAAAGAACUGAAAAAAUGGGUGGUAAACGGGUAGAAUAUUAUUCGUUUCGAAAGUACCAGUAUAUAAGUGCAUUUUAUAUGUAAUUGCAUAAUCCUAUCUCUAUAAUUAUCUGCAGUGUACUUGAUGUUUUGUAUUUUCAACCAGAAGUAAAUAGAUCUGAUUUUUUAAAUGUU